AUGGAGCGACUCAGGGAUUCUGCAGGCCACCCUUUAAAGACUACACUCGUCUCCCCCCGUUCUUUCCUCUUCUCUAAACCCCUGAAACCAUCGGUCUCAUCACAACCAUACAGAAUGGAUAAAUCCCAACAACCCAGCUCCUUCCAGCAGCUGGAAAAGGUUCGCGCCCUUCCAUUUGAAAUCCCCAACCUGACUGACUUAUCCUGGCAGCUCGGUGAAGGCACUUAUGCCACUGUUUUCAAAGGGCGCAAUCGCCAAACGGGCGAGAUGGUUGCGCUGAAGGAAAUCCACCUCGACUCGGAAGAAGGAACCCCAUCGACCGCUAUUCGUGAAAUCUCGUUGAUGAAGGAGCUGAAGCACGAGAGCAUUGUGUCGCUUUACGAUGUCAUUCACACGGAGAACAAACUCAUGCUGGUCUUUGAGUUCAUGGACCGGGAUCUCAAGAGAUAUAUGGACACCCGGGGCGAUCGGGGACAGCUGGACCCCGUCACUAUCAAGUCCUUCAUGCACCAGCUGCUGAAGGGUAUCGCGUUCUGCCAUGAGAAUCGGGUCCUCCACCGAGACUUGAAACCACAGAACCUGCUGAUUAACAAGAAGGGUCAGCUGAAGCUGGGAGAUUUCGGUUUGGCUCGCGCAUUCGGUAUUCCUGUCAACACCUUCUCAAAUGAGGUCGUCACGUUGUGGUACCGGGCACCCGAUGUCCUGCUCGGCAGCCGCACCUACAACACCAGCAUUGACAUCUGGUCAGCCGGCUGCAUCAUGGCUGAGAUGUACACGGGCCGCCCACUCUUCCCGGGCACCACUAACGAGGAUCAAUUGCUGAAGAUCUUCCGGUUGAUGGGAACGCCAUCUGAACGGUCAUGGCCUGGCAUCUCCCAAUUGCCAGAGUACAAGCCCACUUUCCACAUCUAUGCCACGCAGGACUUGGGCUUGAUCCUCCCGCAAAUCGAUCAACUUGGAUUGGAUCUAUUGAACCGCAUGCUUCAGCUGCGCCCAGAGAUGCGUAUCAGUGCCAGCGAUGCGCUGCAGCACCCGUGGUUUCAUGAUUUGACUCAACUUCAGGCCCAGCAACAGCAGCAACAGCAGCAACAGCAGCAACAACAACAGAUGUCUGGUUAUGGGGGCAUGGUCCCGCCUCAGCCUGCCUACUAA